AUGCAGGAGCCCCUGCUGGGAGCCGAGACCCCGGAUUAUGACACCUUCCCGGAGAGGCCGCCCCCGGCGCCGGGGGACAGGGCACAGAUCCGCAAGCCACAGAACAGGAGGGUGUUCCUGGCCACCUUCGCUGCUGUGCUGGGCAAUUUUAGCUUCGGCUACGCCCUGGUCUACACGUCCCCUGUCAUCCCCAUCCUGGAGCGCCACUUGGACCCAGCUCUGCGCCUGACUCAAGUCCAGUCCUCCUGGUUCGGGUCCGUGUUCACCUUGGGGGCAGCGGCAGGUGGCCUCAGUGCCAUGCUCCUCAAUGACCUCUUGGGAAGGAAGCUCAGCAUCAUGGUCUCGGCUGUACCCUCGGCCACCGGCUAUGCACUCAUGGCAGGGGCCCGGGGCUUCUGGAUGCUGCUACUGGGGAGGACGCUGACCGGCUUCGCUGGCGGGCUUACAGCUGCCUGCAUCCCGGUCUAUGUGUCGGAGAUUUCAACCCCCAGAGUCCGUGGGGCCCUGGGGGCCACACCCCAGCUCAUGGCAGUGUUUGGAUCCCUGUCUCUCUACGCCCUUGGCCUACAGCUGCCAUGGCGCUGGCUGGCUGCGGCCGGUGAGGGGCCCGUGUUCGUCAUGACCCUGCUGCUUAGCUUCAUGCCCAACUCGCCGCGCUUCCUGCUCUCGAAGGGCCGGGACGAAGAGGCCAUGCGGGCGCUGGUGUGGCUGCGCGGGCCCCACACCGAUGUCCGCUGGGAGUUUGCACAGAUCCAGGACAAUGUUCAGCAACAGAGCAGUCGCAUGUCGUGGGCUGAGGCCCGGGACCCGCACGUGUACCGGCCAAUCGCCAUCGCCUUGCUGAUGCGCUUCCUGCAGCAGCUGACCGGCAUCACGCCCAUCCUGGUCUACCUGCAGUCCAUCUUUGACAGGACUGCCGUCCUGCUGCCCCCCCAGGAUGACGCAGCCAUUGUCGGGGCCGUGAGGCUUUUCUCGGUGCUGAUCGCCACGCUGACCAUGGACCUGGCUGGCCGCAAAGUGCUGCUCUUUGUCUCAGCAUCCAUCAUGUUUGCUGCUAACCUGACGCUAGGGCUGUACGUCCACUUGGGCCCAAGACCGGUAGCCCCCAACAGCACCAUGGGUCUUGAGACUGUCCCGCUGGGGGUCACUGAUCAGCCCCCGGCCUCACCCACCAGCUACCUCACCCUGGUACCUCUGCUGGCCACUAUGUUCUUCAUCAUGGGUUAUGCCAUGGGCUGGGGGCCCAUCACCUGGCUCCUCAUGUCAGAGAUCCUGCCCUUGCGUGCCCGUGGCGUGGCCUCAGGGCUCUGCGUGCUGGCCAGCUGGCUCACGGCCUUCGCCCUCACCAAGUCCUUCAUGCUCGCAGUGAACAACUUCGGUCUGCAGGUGCCUUUCUUCUUCUUCGCUGCCAUCUGCCUGGUGAACCUGGUGUUCACCGUCUGCUGUGUGCCUGAGACCAGGGGCCGGUCACUGGAGCAGAUUGAAGCCUUCUUCCGCACUCGGAGGAGGUCCUUCCUGCGCUAG